AUGGUUGGAAAUUCAGAAGUAAUGAAUGCAAAAGAACCAGAAGAUAAUAAUGAUGUCAGUGAUAAUAUUAAUUGGACUGAAUUUGUAUGUAGAAAUAUUGAUGCAAUUUAUGGAAUUAACGGUAAAAAAGAAUAUAGAAUUUCUAGUGGAAACAAAGGAAAUAAAAUGUCUUCUAGAGAAGAAGCGUGUGAAACUUCGACUGAAAAUAGAGAAGAAGAAGAAGAUGAAGAUGAAACUUAUGAAGUUGAGUAUAUAAUUGAUGCAAAAUUUGAUAAUGAUGGAAAUUGUAAAUAUUUGGUAAAAUGGAAAAAUUAUACUCAUUCAUAUAAUACAUGGGAACCAGUUGAAAAUUUUAUUCAUAAAGAUAUAAUAAAUGAUUUUUGGACUGAGAGACGACUUAUAGCUUUUGAAAACCCUCCAGAUGAAGAAAUUCAAAUAGAAGAUUUUUUUAAAAGUCGUAAAAGAAAAGAUUGUUUUUAA